AUGCAUCAUACAGUGUCUUCGGAUGGUGGAGAUGGUUCUGAUGCAGUGUUGACAAAGGCCCAGGCCAAGCGUCUCCUCUUGAAGACCGACUUGGUUGUCAUGCCACUUGCUGUCUUGAGUAUGACACUUGCAUUCUUGGACAAGAACGCUCUUGGUUACGCUGCCAUCUUUGGUAUCAAAGAGGAUGCCCACCUCAAGCCGCAAGAGUACAGCUGGCUCAGUAGCAUCUUUUACUUUGGUUAUCUGGCUAUGGAAUUUCCCAACCUUUGGCUCAUGACCAAGAUCCCCAUUGGCAAAUAUGUCGGCACGUGUUUGGUCUUGUGGGGAGGCUCUCUAUGCUUCAUGGCACUCUGUCACAACUUUGCUGGUCUGGCGACGAUUCGAUUCCUUCUUGGAAUCUUUGAGGCUGCUGUCCUGCCAUGCAUGAUGAUUAUCAACUCGAUGUGGUACUUGAGGCACGAGCAACCUCUUCGCACAGCAUUCUGGUACAACACCUUUGCUGGUGUCUUUGGUGGUAUCUUGUCCUACGCUAUCGGACAAAUCAACGGGUCUUUGUCCACUUGGAAGUACAUCUUCCUCAUCUACGGAUCAGUCACUGUCCUUGCCGGAACCCUUGUGUUCUUUGGCCUUCCUGACACUCCGUCUCAAGCUUGGUUCUUUACUGCCGAAGAGAAGAAGCUGGCUCUCAUUCGACUUGCACCAAACCAAACUGGCGUUGAAUCAAAGAGGGCAUUCCACACACCCCAGAUCUUGGAAGCCCUCCGUGACCCCAAAUGCUACUGCAUCUGGCUUGGAGUCUUUGGAUACGCCAUCGCCAAUGCGGGCAUCACUAAUUUCAACCCACUCAUCAUUGCGGGUUACGGCUUUAGUAGGACAAAGACUGUUCUUAUGGCUACUCCCCAAGCCGCCGUGGCUAUGGUCAGUCAGGCCAUUCUAACCACCAUUGCCUACUUUAUCCCCAACUUGCGUUGCAUCUUCUGGAUCAUGGGCGCAAUCUUUGGCCUGGUUGGUGCUGUGAUGGUUCAUUCUCUUGAUGUUGCGACUCAAAGAGAUGCUUCCCUUGCCGGUGUGUAUCUCAUGGGAUUCUACAACGUCCCAUGGGUCUUUCUCAUUAGCUUGUCCUCUUCCAACACCGCCGGUGCGACCAAAAAGAGCUUCAUGGGUAUCUCUAUCGCGAUUGUUUAUGCUGUUGGAAAUAUCGUUGGACCCCAGUUCUUCCUUGAUAGACAGGCGCCCACGUAUGCGCUGGGAAUUGGCUCCAUGCUCUGCGCGUUCGCCCUCAUGGCAGCGACUGGCAUGGCGUAUUAUGUCCUCUGUGCAGUCGAGAACAAGAAGCGAGAUGCGCAGCAUGGAAAGGCCCAUGAAACCAUCGAUGCUGGGUUGGAGGCAGAGAGGAACGACCAGACUGAUGGACAGAACCCCAACUUCCGAUACACAUACUAG